UAUUAGAAUAAAAUGAAAAGAUUUAUUUUUCUAAUUUAUUUGUUGAUAUUUAAAGAUGUUCGUAUUAUAACGAACAACUGUCUGUUUCCAUAGAAGUCCCGACACAUCCGAAGACGAUGAUACAAUUAGGUGAAUUCGCGGUAACUUUGACGUACACUUUAAACGUAACCUUAAUCACAGUGGUCACCGUCACAAAUUUCGUUUCAUCAGUGUCACAGUAAUCUUACACUUACGUGUUCUUAAACAGAGUCAUUUCGAGAUCGUUUUUUUUUUUGUGUAAGUGCAUUACGCAACUUGAUAAAAUCUUUCUACGUAUGAUCAAAAUCAAGGACAUUAGACAUCAUUUUUACUUUAAAUAGCGCGCUUCGAAUAUCAUUAAGUUAAUACAAAGUUUCUCGUUGUCGUAAAUAGUGUCGUUAUGUAAUCGCAUAGUGUACGUUAUAUAAUAAAAAAGAAACAAAAGAAUCAUGUCAAAUCUUUUCGUCGCAUAAGUAUACGUUAUCUUUCUUUUCGAUAAGUCAUAUUUGUUUUAGUAGAGUUUACCUUAAAGGAAUCUUAGACUGCUAUAUCAUACAUUAAAAUGGACUCGAUGUCAUUUCAUGGUGGUGUUUCUUCGACGAUCCUUUUUGAAGGAUGGCGAACUACCGAUUGGAUUGGCAUGGGUUGGUCUAUGGUGGGAAUUGUUUUAUUAACUAUGAUUUACGAAGGAAUUAAAAGUUAUCGCGAUCAUCUUUUUACUUCUACAGCUUUAGAAAGUAAAAAAAUAAAGAGAACGAGAAGGCAAAUGAUGUUUUCCGCGAUACAUUUAACUCAAGUGAUAUUACACGUUAUCCAAAUGAUAAUAGGAUAUUUCUUAAUGUUAAUAUUUAUGACUUAUAACGUUUGGUUGUGCAUUGCUAUGGUAAUUGGAACAGGACUCGGUUAUUGGCUUUUCUCUUGGCAAAAAUUAGACAGUGAAAAUUUAGAUUGUUGCUCGUAAUGAAAAAAUAGUUUUAUAAUUGCCAAGAUCAUUUUAUAAUUAUAUAUAUAUAUUAUUUCUAAUUAAUAAUUUGUUUUUUUUUUAAUAAUAAAUCUUAAUGUUGUAACAUUAUGAAUAGAACCUUUAAUGAAAGUAAUGAUAACAACAUAAUAAUAAUAAUAAUAAUAAU